AAAAAAAAAAAAAAAAAAAAUUUUUUCAUUUCAUUCAACAUGAUUGAAUCAAUUCAAUUUUCAAAUGUAAAUAAAAUUUCUUUUUUUUCAUUAGAAAUGCGUAUCGAUUAUCAUUUGGAACGAAUUAUGAAACAUAAUCGAUUGAUAAAUUUUAAAAAUUCUAUCCGUUCAUUUUCCAUUUAUGAACGAAUUCUAGAAUGUUUAUUGGAAAUAACCACUUCCACACAGAAUAUUAUUGGUCGUCGACAAAAUCUGAUUCGAAAUGGCCAUCAUUUUUGUCAUUUAUUAUUGGCAAUAAUUCAUUCGAAAAAUGAUCGACAUUGGAAACAACAGAUAUUGAUUGAAUUGUUUCCAUUUUUCAAAGAAAUCUGCACAAAUCUUGGCCAAUUAAUAUGGGCAUUAAAUUCGAAUAAAGAACAUAUCCGUUAUGUUUGUAAAGUGUUUGCUUUGCCUGAAUACUAUUUCCGAUGUACAUCGUCAACAUCAUUAUACGGUGGUGAAUUCAUACCGAUCAAAGCCAUAAUAAUACAAAUGAAUCGUAAUUGUUUGAUGACCAUCCAUGAAUGUGAAACAAUUCGAAUGAAUAUUCAUCAUAUGGUAAAAGAAAUUUAUUUUAAUUGAUGAUCAUUUUUUGU